AUGAACAUGCCCGGCCUGGUACCCCCAUACGACGCCGCCUUGAGAACAGCGACAAACCCGCCAACCUCAAGGGCUUUUCAAGCAACGACUUCGCACAUGGACAUGCAUAUGCCUAUGUUUUCGACACACGCCAUGACUACGUCGGUGCCGUACCAAUCCGGAGCCUUUGCCUUCGACUCCCUCUUAGUGAACCCAUACAACAUGCAACAGGCCUUCCCUGUGAGCUAUCCGCCAACCAUGCCACAAGCUAUCUCCUACCCUCGGACCUCCGAGAUGCACCCGCUGCCCACCGUUCGCGAGGCCCGAAACGGAUUUACCAUCGAGAGGACGCCGCCAGUCCGCCGCCAGUUAAGUCUGAAAGCGGCUCUCCUAUCUAGCUAG